GAUUGAGAAGCGGCUGCUGUGUCCUAACGUCUUAUGCAAGAGGCUGGUUCAAGGGGAAAUUAUUCAGACUAACGAGAUCAAUAUACUGAUGUCCUGCUAAUAUUUAAUAGAACAAUGCUUUAUUUAUGGUUUAAUUGUACAUUUGAUGAUUGUUUUAUUUGUUUAAGAAAGAAAAACACUAAAACGCAUCAAUAAUAAUUUUAUUGUGAAGGGGAUCCGGAAGUUUGAGAUUACACUCAACGGAAUUGACAUUGGUGGUAUCAGAAGUGUUUUCCUGGAGAGCGUGGAUCUUUGUUUGACGUGGAGCUGUCUGUCCUCGGGCUCGUGUAGAGUAGAUGUGUUGUUGAGGGUCAGACCCUUUCUUUCUGCAUCCCUUUCGUCCGGUUGUGAUGGAGCAGCGACCUAUGAGUUUAGGUCAUCUACAGCCUCAAGACCUCUCCACAUCCAGCAUCCCCAAUGUGAUAGACCUGACCAGGAAAGGCGAGGAGUGCGUCCUCAACAGCCCAUCCCUCGAUCCUCUGAGUAUGGUUAAGAACCCUUGUUGGUACCCAAAUUCAGUGCACAGCAACCCCAAAUUACCGUUCUUGCUUUCUCGCUCCUCAGAAACUACUCUCCAAUCAGGGGAUCCAAUUCAACCAGACGAUGCCUUCUCGCACACUACAGUAACCCUCUCUUAUAUGAGCAGGUCUUGUGUUUUCUCCUCUCAUGGUGUUCCGCCUAUUGGCAAAUUGACCCUUCACUCUCCUUGUGGCUUGGAUAAAGGGCGUAAGGAGUCUGGCUAUGCACUGAACCAGCACUACUUGGAGCCGGCUGAUGGGUCCAUGGACCUUGCUACUCAGACAGACUUCUUUCAGUCAUUGACUCCGGCUCAGGUGGGAGCCGAGAACCAUGGGGGGGUAUGUCUAAUGCAGGAGUCUCAGAAGUUCAAAGGAGGACUCUACUGCAAAGAAAUUAACACGCCCAGAAACGGCAAGGAGUAUCAUGGUCUUCCUUUGGACAGGAUUGCGGGUUUGGAAAAUGAACGUGAUGAUAAUGGCACCAGUUCUGGAGCCUGUGCUGAUUCCUCAAUCGAGAAGCUCACCUCUGUCGCAGGAGAGGAUCAGGGAAGGGGCACUUCUGAGGCCCUCUCUGUUAAUUCUAACAAACAGAACCCACGAGUCCUCUUAGACAAUGUGAGUGAUAGAGAUGUCUGCUUGCCAAGCAGGGACUACAUCAGUCCUCUGGAGGACCCUGUAUCCCCCUCAGCUACAUCCUUGGACAAUGUGGAGGAUUUGUUUGUCCUGCCUCAGGCGUCCAGCUCACCCAGUGGUGAUAACUCUUAUCUAGAGACAUUAAAUGAAGUUACAGGGGAUGGCUUGAGGACAGAGCGAGCCAUUCAGAAAGGCUCUGGCAUUAGUGAUACCACUUCAAGGUUAGAAGCAAGCGCUGAAAAUAAGCAGCCGGUCAGUCGACUGAAGGCAGUGUUGGAGCCCUUGAUUGUCUCGACCGAUGAUGUUUGUGUGUCAAAUGUUUCCAAAAAUAAACCCAAGACCGUCACCUCUCACAUGAAUGGGAAUGCAAAGGCAGUACAGGGAAUGUUAAUUGAAAAGAAACGUCCUGGUAGAGGUACACGGUUAGAUGCUAUAAUUAUGAACAUAAAUUCCAGGCAGUAUAAAGUGUCGGGAUGCAUACGUACAAAUAAAAAAGCAAAGACUUCCCAAUUAACAGGUGGGGAUCCUAAAUUAGCCACUUCUGAGAGAAAUGCCACCCUGUCAGCGGAAAAAAGGAGAAACCGAGGGAAGGCUCCUUUCUCAGUGAAAACUAUGAAACAAACAGCAGUAACUUCAACAAAAAGGAUUAGAACCAACAUGAACACUGACAUUUGCAAAAUCAAUACUGAUUCUCAAUGCAAUUAUUCUACAAAGUCUAAUGGCAACAUAUCUCCAAAAAGCAGUAUUUUUUCUGUUCACAAGAAAUCAAAGCGAGGGCCAGAGGAUGUUCCUAAUCCUGCACAUGAAGAACAGACCAGCCCUGUGGGAUUAAAGAGGAAACCCCCCAGUCCUCAGUUUGAUGUGCACAACAACUCAAAGGAGCCAGAGCAUAUAUGCCACCCUGAACCCUUAAUGGAAAUUCAUAUUGCUAGACUUGCCCCAAGACCAUCUCCAAAGAAAAGCCAAGGCCAGACCACAAGUAGCAAACAAUUUCCCACUGUUAAGGCUAAGGCAGAUGGUAUUCACAAGAAAAGGAAAAAGAAAUGCACAUGGAGCCAGUAUUCCUCCAUUUUCUCCCGGAAAGAGCCAGAGAUCAAGUUGAAGUACAUCAACUUUAGAGAGGAAAAAAAGGACUAUAGGUUGGACAGUUUAACUCCAUUUGUCCACGUAGAGGGUUGGCAGUCAGCAUCAUCACUGUGUACUAUCAUCAACUACCCCGAGGAGGUGAGUGCACAACACAAGAGGGGCCAACAGCAGCAGGCGCACCACUUUGGCUUAAUUUCUGCAGUCGUACCCAGCACAUCAUCGCUGCAGCUGGGCCGGCCGUCCACACUCAGCAGGCAGCAGCGCGCUCUUGUCUGCUGCCUGUGUGAACAAGCAGCGAACGCCAUGGACUUGGGUGACCUUCAUGGCCCCUAUUACCCAGAAGGGUACCAGCGAAUCACCAAAAGACUGGGCCUCAAAGUGGACAGGGAUGACUACAGUGACACAGACUCUUCGUCCUACAGUGUCAGAGGCAAGAGGAGGAAAUGUGCCAUUUCACUCACACCAGGGACCCUCGGGCUGUCUCAGCCAAAGCAGAAGGGCCUGGACAGUUACCAGGGGACAGCUAACAAAACAGCCAGCACUGAAGCUAAACAGACGCGGUCAGAUGGGGGCCGCACGGAUGUAGAGGACUGGUACAGCCCACCUGUGUUGCCUCAGCAGCCCUGCGAGUACUGGCUGCACGAAGACUGUGCAAUCUGGACGGCGGGUGUGUUCCUGGUCAAGGGCAAAGUGUACGGACUAGAGGAGGCUGUCAAGGCAGCCCAGGAGACGAGGUGCUCAGCGUGCAGUCUUCAUGGUGCUACACUGGGCUGCUUCUUCAAAGGCUGUGCCAACAAGUACCACUACAGGUGUGCUCUGGAGUCAGCAGACUGUGUACUAAUAGAAGAUAAUUUUUCCAUGAAGUGUAAAAAACACAAGAACAGGAUAUUCAGAACCCCUCCAGGGAACCAAUGAGAGGACAGGUGACACAGCAGAAACCUCAUCAGGUUGGUAAAUACUUGCUCUGUUAGGGUUUUGGGGUCCAAUGAAAGACGCUAAGGAGUUGUGUUGUAGGAAGUGUAGAAUGCUUUUGGACCUCAAGCCAUACUAGGAACUAAAAAGUCUGGAUUUGCUAACCUCAGCCAAAUGUUUUUUUUUUUAUGUACAAAAAAGAUCAAUGUGAUAGCCCUUUUACAGCCUUCAUAACUGGGUCAACACAGCUGUAAUCAAUGUAUGUAUGAAUGUAUGGUUUAGGUAACAGAACCACUUGGUUAGGAAAUAGUGUGGUUGUCAUGAAUUGGAUUUAGAUCUAGUGUGAAGAGACACACAUGACUAGCAACUUACAAGAUUACUAAGGGACGCGCAACUUGCGAGACCCACGAGCAGCAGUGAGCUGUGUAUUCCCCGUCUCUGCCUUCAGUCGUGUUUUACACAAGCCUACUUAUUAAUCCACCGCCUAACACCAUCGACCAACCUCUUUUAAUGGGACAUGAACAGUAACCUGUUUGACCCACCCACUUCCCUAUGUGGACUAUCUUUAUUAAAAUAUGUCUGUUAAUCUACCCCUAAUGCAGGUGGGUAUGUUGCCUUUUGAGAGACGAGUUGGUCAUCGACAUCUGAACAAUGAUUUGUAACAUACAUAAACGGUGAAACUCCAACAUUACAUUCCAAUUAAUCCCCUUUCAACUCCUACAUGGCUGUUGUUGAGAUGUGCAAAUUAGAUGAUGAAACCAAACAUUAGGAACACAGAAAAAACUAUGUAGCUGAUUCUGAUGUUCCUGACAGCCCAAAUGAGUCACUGUAACACCGUGACACUUUCUGCUGAUAUGGUGCAAAUGUCCACCUCUGCUUAAGGAUGAACUUGUUAAUUUGUCAUCAAAGGUCAAUUUCUGAUAAGAUUAAAAGAAGUGAUUGAAAUGAAGUGAUUUUAGACUAACAUAGAUUGUCCGUUGGUGGAGAAAGUAAUCCUAUUAAGUUUUUCGCUUAUUUUAAGAAACAAAUGGAAAGGUUUUCAGUGCGUACUUCAUUUUUUUUUUUCCUCUUUUAUUUAUCCAGACAUUCACACACAACACCCGAUAGGGGCUCUACUUCAGUCUGCUGGUAUUCCUGGCAACUGUGGUGCAGGGUUCUUCUGACUGAAAGCUACCACUGGUAAACCUUAACUUCCCCCCUUGCUCUUGUUAACUCCCCAUACAGUGGCUGGAAACACCCGUCACCAAACCUCCCUCGGUCUGAGGCUACUCGAUGUUCUUGUGAAGUGCUCAAUCCUUCAUUUGUGUCUUCACUCUGUAGUUAUUUAUAUUACAUUUUUGUUCAUGUAUUAAACAUGAAUUACAACAUUUUGAAGAAAUUAAAUUACUUUGAUUGUAAGUGUUUGAUUUACAAGUUUAUUUAAUCCUGGAAUUUUCUUUACAGUUGUACAAGAGGUUUGAUUGUGUGUUUCUAGGUUACUGGUAAAGUUUAAAUACCAAGCCAGUCAAUUAGCUGCUGGUGGGUGGAGCUAUGACACAUGAUUGGGUGCAGUCAACAUGAAAGGCUUCCACAGUAAACACGUAGCAAAAAGUCCCAUCCUGGACACUGGGCCAUGUUUUUGAAUGUAUUCACUCCAUGUUUCUUUGCAGAAAGCACUUUGGUGUGACCUUGAACAUAUUGCCCCGCCCCCACACCUGCCCUGUUGUAUCAUUGGUAUGCGUUCCGUCAUGCAGCUCUUUUGCGUUUCAGAGCUUAUGCUUAAAGCCAUUAGACGAUUCAAAUUUGUUGUUCUGCUCAACCCAGUUUGGAUUUUUAUUUUGAGCUUUGCUGCACAUUAUUUAGACUGUACCUCUUUUGAAAUGAAAGGACCACUUGGCUUCCCCUGAUUCACUGAAGUCUAAGAAGCGUCUUUUUUCAGAUUUCUGUCUUGACAUCUUUGUAUUAUUUCUGCCUUAAUUUCAAUAAGAAUGGCCAUGGUUGUAUAAAGAUCCCCGAUCGUCUGCUGGCAUUUAUUUUCUUGACCUUCCACCACAACCUUUCUGUAACAGCUGAUCGUUUAAAUACAGUUUUUCCGGUUUCACUAUAUUUUGGAUGUUCACCUUAUUUUGGGCUUCAUGAUGACUGAAACAACUUGAGUACACUGUUCUGCUGCAUGCUAUUUUCUUAUUAAUGCUGGGGGCAAUGAACUCUUGACACACGGGUACAACCCUGUGUUAACCGUGUACUGAGAAUAUCAUUGCUACCUGUGUUCUUGAGGUGCUUUGACCUGCCUGUUUGUUGUAGAGAAGCCUCUGUGUACUCUCGCCGCCAGCGCUGUGCUGUUUGAGACAAGUGAGCCAAGAAGCCAAGAAUAUUCACUCAUACAGACACACAAAAACAAAAUAUCCUUUCAUUUCUGCCAUUUAUGUUCUGUGUAUUAUAAAUUACGGGAAAUGUUUCCCAUUGUAUUCUAAAUGUUUAUCAUAAAAUGUUAAACGUUGCGUUAAUCUCAGGGCUGGAUUUCAAAUGUUUUAUUGAUCAAUAUAGUGUUUUGUGACUUGUUUUCUGGAACAAUGAUGCAUCCCAUUCCAACCCCUCAGUGUGUGCUUUGUGACUUUGGGUUCAACAUGGGAUGAGGACAACUGGUGUCCCUUUAAGGGUCUUUAUUUUAUGCCAUAUUUUUGUACCAUCUUGCUCACCUCUUAAGGCAUCAGAAGUCUUGGUCAAAAAUAAAUAUUUUGUUCAAUGUA